AUGUGUCCGUGCUGUCGGGACUGGAACCACGCUUGGAACGUCGUACCUGAGGCCGAGAUUCUGAACGGUUUCCGCAAGUGCCAGCUUCUUGAUGGCGCCGUUGUCGAUCACGUCGAUGUGGUGGAGAGUGCGUUGGAAGAAAAUGACAUUGCCGACCUGGCCGCGAACAUGGCGAUCGAAGACACCAUUGAUCCAGCACAUGACAUCAACGAUGACGAUGCAUCUGACCUUCUCUUUGAUAUGAUUGUGCCCGAUAUCUAA